CCUCAAAUAUUGUAUGUUAUACAUUAUAUUCAAUUCCACGCGAACUGGUACCCUGGUAGAAGAAAGUGAAUGUAAAAGACGAUUUGGAAAUUGGUGUGGAAACAACAUUUGUUACUGGUACAUUUAUUUCGUUGUGUUCAUUUAUACUGAACAGUUUGCCAAUGAAUUUUGCUCAAAUAUAAUGAGAUUCAUAUCAUUUAAAUCUUGAAAGGCUAUCUCAAUAUACGUUAUGUGUCCCUAAAGUCACCAUACAUUUCCUUUUUUUUUUUCAAUUUUGGUUCCGGGAUCAUUCGGACAGACGUCAGUAUAUCAUCAUUUGACAGCGUAGGCUGUACAGUCUUGUAAGCAUAUCAUUCUCGUGUCAAAGUCUCUCAAAAGGAUCGUGUUUCUGAAUGUUUAUGGCUAUCACACUGCCGGAGUACAAUUUACAGUACACUAUUCAUGUCAAGGUUUUGGUUCCUGACAUGAAAUACAGCAGAAGGCUUGAUACUACCAUCACUGACUCAAAAUACCACCCUCCCAGAGCAGGCAAAAGUCAGGGAAAGUCUAUUUGGACGGUUGCAAUGGAACUCAGAAUAAACAAACACUAGAUUCAGCAGAGAGUGUUGAAAACAUUGCCUGUACCGACUUCAGCUUCAAGCGGAAGGUUAUGAUGCUCAACAACCUGAAGCACAAAUUGUAUAGCGCGUUGGAUCAGUGCGGCUGUCAUAAAACUUCUGAAAAUGCCGCUGAGCUGCAGGCAGAGAAAGAAAACCUUCUUGCCGGGCCCUAAUUUUGCAACCCUGUUCCAAUGUCAGGAUAUGCCAAAAUAUUAAUUCUGAAAAUGAACUCAAAGUUUUCCCAGAGUUGUCCACACAGAAAUGGUCAAAACAAGACACGUAUUAAACACUCACAUGGUGGUGGCACCGACCUCCUGUAAAUAGCCCAGCUAAAGAAAACAAAAGGGGAUGACAGUGGCACAAGCGUCAAAAUGUAAAAAGUGAACUUUUCAGAUCGGAUUUGGUGGCAUGUGGACACGUGUGCUUGUUCUGUUUUGCUACUCAGAUAAAUCAGCUCAAAUGUGGUGCAUGCAUGCACUAUGGAAGCAUGUUUAUUUUGAGGAUAACUUAAGUGGGUCAAGCAGAGGUAUUAUCGGCGGGUGGCAGUAAUGCACACCACGAGUUGUUUGCGAGCUGCCAGAAGGACAAUCGAAGAAGCUCUAUUGUAGACUUGUGGUUGUCUGGGCAACCGGUAUACAACAGGGGCAGCCAAGCCUGGCUUCACCUGCUGGCACUUUGCUUUGGAUCCAAAGUUGACCCUUUUGAAGAUGCCGACCAAUAAUGCUGCAGCACCCGGGAAAAAGAAGGUGCCUGCUGCAAAGUCACAAAAAAACACCAACAAGAGAAAGGAUGAGGAAGAUGACUUUGGUGAUUAUGGCUGGGAAGAAAGGACUCAUGGCAAACUUACGAAACCUGCUGAUCAACUGGAUCUUACUGAAGCUGAGCUGAAGGAGGAAGUCACAAGGAUUCUGACAGCCAGAAAUCCACACGCGCCGCAAAAUAUCGUCCGAUACAGCUUCAAGGAAGGUGCUUUCAAGCUGACCAGUGUUGUUGAUCAGCUGGCUGUCCACUUUGUCCUGGAUGGUUGUCUCAUUCAUCAGGACUCUGAUGAGGCUCGCAGGCUGGCAGCCCAUGAAGACCUUCCUGAAGAGACAACAACGGUUGAUACCGGAGUCGAGCCUGAUGAGGGAAAAACAGAAACACUGGAUGAGUCUGGAGAUGGAGGUGAGGAUGAGGAUGCUGGAGAAGAUGAAAGGCCAGAUAGCGUUGCCUCCAAAACAAAUGAGCAGGAGCCAAAAUGUACAAACCAGUUCAAUUUCAUCGAAAGAGCUUCGCAAACACUCAAUAAUGCACUGCGGGAUAGAAGCUGCCAGACGGUACCGCCUCCACGCUGCAACUAUUCGGCCACCGCUACUCAGUGGGAGAUAUAUGAUGCGUACACGGAGGAGCUGCAGAAACAAGAAAUGAAAAAAGACAAGCAGAGAGCCUUCCAAAUAAAGAAAGAUGGUGACCAGAACAAAAAGAAGAUAUUGAAUGACACACCGAGUGAUGACAUCACACCGAUGGCCAUGCCAGUCACACUGUUGGAGCGAAUGGUCAAUCAGAAUACAUGCAAUGACAUAGCGCAAGAUUUCAAAUACUUUGAGGAUGCGGCGGAUGAAUUUAGGGAGCAAGAGGGCACUCUUCUUCCCUUGUGGAAGUUCCAGUACGACAAAGCCAAAUGGAUGUGCGUCACAGCACUCUGCUGGAAUGAGAAAUAUCCCGAUUUUUUUGGUGUGGCCUUGGGAUCUUAUGACUUCAGCAAACAGGGCCGCGGGAUGCUUCUCUUCUACACCUUGAAGAACUCCACCUUCCCCGAGUACAUCUUCCCAACAGGUUCUGGCGUCCUGAGCCUCGACAUUCAUAAGCGACGUUCCUAUUUGGUGGCCGCCGGUUUCUAUGAUGGCUGCGUUUGUGUGUACAACUUGAAGAAGAAGGGACCGGAACCCGAAUACAAGAGCAAUGCGAAAACUGGCAAGCACACUGACCCUGUCUGGCAGGUACGAUGGCAGAAUGACGACAUGGACAACAAGCACAAUUUCUAUUCUGUGUCCUCAGAUGGCCGUGUUGUGUCAUGGACACUCAUUAAGAAUGAGCUGGUCUUCUCAGACACGAUCAGGCUCACGGUGGCUGAUGCUGUGUUGGACGGUCCUAAUUGCAGCACUGUUGGCGGUACAUGCUUUGACUUCCACAAACAGACCGACUCUCUUUUUGUCGUUGGCACUGAGGAGGGUAAAAUACAUAAGUGCUCCAAAAAUUACUCCAACCAGUUCCUCGAGACUUACGCUGCCCACAACAUGGCAGUGGAUGCCGUGAAGUGGAAUCCUUACCACCCAAAGGUUUUCAUAUCUUGCAGCUCAGACUGGACCGUCAAGAUCUGGGACCAUACCGUCAACACUCCCAUGUUCACAUUUGAGCUCAACGCUCCAGUUGCUGAUGUGGCCUGGGCACCACACUCCUCCACGAGCUUUGCUGCUGUCACCACAGAAGGAUUGGUCCACGUUUUUGACCUGAGCAUCAACAAAUAUCAGGCUAUCUGCCAACAGCCGGUGGUGGCAAAAAAUAAGACCAAACUGACUCACAUUGAAUUUAAUCCUGUCCAUCCCAUCAUCAUCGUGGGAGACGACAGAGGCUCUGUCAUCAGCCUGAAACUGUCCCCAAACCUCCGUAAGAAACCAAAGGGCAAGAAAGGUCAAGAGCUGCCCGAAGGUCCUGAAGUAGAAACGGCCAAGAUGGAGAAGCUUCUCAACCUACUGAGGGACUCGGAGCAAAGCAGUGUCAUGUGACCCCUCACCGUUUCCUUGUCGCCACGUGUCCAAGAAGUCAGUGCAAAAAAAAAAAAAAAAAGACGUCACUUCUGCCCUGCAUGUCAAUUUAUUAUCUUUUUUAACUUCCAGCAUGAAUGUAACAGGUGUUUUUUAAUUACAUUUUAUUCAUUCGUUUGUCAUUAUGAUGCUAGUUUUCUAUCCAUUUCGAGUAGUUGAUCAAAUUGCCAUUAAAAUGCACAGAGGGGUGACACCUGAUGUAUUUUGAAAAAAAAAAAAUCACCCUUUGUCUUACCCUCUUCAUCAAGGCUGGUGCCUAACAAACAAAUCACUCAUAUUCAAUUAUAAAGUGCAUUUAUUUAUACCCGGUAGCACUUGUUACAUUAAACGGGCAGUAUUAGCGCUGCAGUGCACUUCAGCGGUAAUUCACAACGGCAAUUCCAUAUGUACCAAACAAGUAGAGUGCGCGAGAGUGA